CAAAUAGUGGUUUAAAUGAGGCCCCAAUCAAUGUAAGUUGAUAUUUAACUGUUUGCUGAGCAAGUGCCAAUCUUUUUCUCUCAGGAAUUCUGCCAUCCACAGUCAGUCGCUCCUUUUUUGGACAAGGCAGCAAGUUUUUUUUUCUAUUUAAAUUUAAGGCACCUUUCCAGAUGAUCCUUUAACAGAGAGGGCGACUGAGUAAAGAGAAAGUGUUUAAGACCUGCAGACUAUAUAGUAAAGUGACAAUUUUUAAAAUAAAGUUACGUUGUAAGGACAUGGACCUCCGUCUGACACUCCUGUUGAUCUGUCUCUGCAGCCAAGGAGUCACUAAUGCUGAGGUGGCAGAAGAUGAGUUAGUCCCCUUGGUGCCUCUUAUUCCAUUGAUGCCCAGCCACCCCAGAGAGAAAGUAGAAAAUGAAAGUGCAACACAAGCAGAAAUUGCAGAUCCCACACAAGCAACUGUAAUUGCAACAACCAUAACUAGCAGGCCCAGUGGGGGUUCAUCAGAGGAAGAGCAAGAUGAGGGUUGUCUGUCUACCAACCGAAACCCAGAGUCAAGGAAGGCCAUUGCUGCUGGUAUUCAGAAACUGGGUGUGCAGCUGCUGCAGAACCUGGAGACAACGACAGAGCAGCCAAAUGUCAUCAUAUCUCCUUUCAGCAUAUCACUAGCCCUCUCCCAGCUGGCUUUGGGUGCAGUAAAUGAGACAGAGGAGCUGCUGAUGCAUCAUCUCCAUGAAAACACUCUCCCCUGCUACCACAAGUCUCUGCAUAAUGUCUUAGAGCUGCUCCAAAACAAUGACUUGCAAAUUGCCACACGUAUCUUCCUGCGCCAAGGGUUUGAGCCAAAGCAAGACUUUGUCAAUGAGUCCCAGCGGUUAUAUGACUCAGAACCAGCAGUGUUGGAGAGUUUGCAGCAGAUAAAUGACUGGGUAGAGAAGGCAACGCAAGGAAAGAUGACUGACUUCCUGUCUGCUUUGCCACCCAAUCUUCUCCUCAUGCUUAUUAAUGCUGUCCAUUUCAAAGGAGAAUGGAAAGCUCGAUUUGACCCACGCUUUACCUCCAGAGGUGUCUUCUACCUUGACGACGAGCACAUGGUUGAUGUUGAAGUGAUGGAAGAUGCCAAACAUCCCUUGAGUUUAUUUAUUGACAGUGACCUGGAGGCUCAGGUGGCGAGCUUCCCAUUCCAGAAUGCCAUGAGCUUGUUGGUGGUCAUGCCUUUGUCCGGCCAGGUAAAUGUGUCUUCACUUUCUGAAAAGCUGAACAUCUCGGACCUGUAUAAUCGUCUUCCCAAGGAGAGGGCUGUUCAAGUUAAAGUCCCCAAAUUCAACCUGGAGUAUGCUCAAGAGUUAAAGGAUGUUUUUAUCAAAUUGGGCCUGGGACAAAUGUUUUCCAAUCCCAACUUGGCUAAUAUAGCAGAUGGCCUCCUGGUGGUGUCCAGUGUGAUACAUAAGUCCAGCAUGGAGAUAAAUGAGGAGGGUGCAGAGGCUGCUGCAGCCACCGCUGUGGUCAUCUCACGUGCAUCCAACCCUGUUUUCCACCUCAGCCAACCGUUCUUCUUUGCCCUAAUGGAUGAUAUGACUCAAGUACCAAUCUUCAUGGGUGUCAUCACCAACCCUAAUCCAGGAGCUCCUAUCAUGCAGAGGGGGGGAGAUCUUGGAAGCAAAGAUAAAGUGGGAUUUCCAAUUGACAAGAACCAUGUUGGCACAUUUGGAGGUCCACCUAAGUAGGGACUAAUAACCUGCCCGGCUGUCCCAAGGAAACUCAGACCAAGACCUUUAUGAUUGUACAGAUUAAAUGUACAUUAUCACUUAGCUGGAUCUGUGUGAAAAAAUGUUUGUUUCUUUAUUUCAUUACACAAUAAACAUACUGAGGACCUCAGUAUCCCCUUUAAAAGUCAAAUACUCUAAUUAAAAAUAAUUAUAGUGUUGCUGCAUUAGAUGAGAUGUCAUCCUGGUCAAGUAAUAAUUAAAACUACAAUUAGAUACAAGAAAUGGUUUAUACCCAUAGUAAAACAUCUGUUCAUCUUUUAUUUGAUAAUACAUACAUUUUUCAAGGUGUCAACAUGUAAAGCCAAACUAAUCUGGUGUAAUGUCAGAGCAUUACAGCAUCAGUGUGUAUGUAGUUUGAAUUUUGAAAGAUGUUAUCUAAUGGCAUAAUAAACUGAAUCGAUCUGGA